ACAUUCUGUCCUUCAUUGCAGACAUCGAGGUUUGUGGGUACGGCUGGCAGAAGUUUCAGUCUCACUGCUACAAGUACUUCACCCACCGUCGUACGUGGGACUCGGCUGAGAGGGAGUGUCGGCUGCACGGCGCCCACCUGACCAGCAUCCUGUCGCAGGAGGAACAAACCUUUGUCAACCGCCUCGGCAGUGACUACCAGUGGCUCGGACUCAACGACAAGAUGUUUGAGAGAGACUUCAGAUGGACGGACGGCAAGCCGAUGCAAUACGACUACUGGAGGCCGAACCAGCCGGACAGCUUCUUCCAGUCCGGAGAGGACUGUGUGGUGAUGAUCUGGCACGAGGGGGGGCAGUGGAACGACGUGCCCUGUAACUAUCACCUGACCUUCACCUGCAAGAAGGGGACAGUCUCAUGUGGGCAGCCUCCCGUGGUGGGGAACGCUCGCGUCUUCGGCGCCAUGAAGCCUCGUUACGAGAUCAACUCCCUGCUGCGCUACCACUGUAAGCAGGGCUUCAUCCAGAGACACGCCCCCACCAUCCGCUGCCGCCCCAACGGCCAAUGGGACGCGCCCAAAGUCACCUGCAAGAGUCCCGCGACCUUCCACAAAUCGCUGACUCUGCGGCGCCGCACCGACCAGAACACGGAGCAGCAGAACCGCCCGUACAACCAACACGUCCAUCACACCAAGACGCCCCAGAUACACAACCCGAAGCCCGAGGAGCCUCGCAGCUACAACUUCUUCCAGCGUCUCUUCCAGAGGGCGAAGAGGCACGAGGAGGUCCAGACGCACAGCGAGGAGCAGAUGAGACGCUGAGGGGGUUUGAGGUUCUUUAAGUCAGCUUAGAGACGGCGGCUGACAUCGACAGACAGAGAGAUUCUCUGAACUGUCUCUCGAUGUGAAGGGACACUUCAGAUUCUAAAACUUUUCCUCCAGUGAGAAUUUAGUUUGAAAGGAAGCUCUCGACGCCCCAAACUGCAAACAAAAAGGUGCCUUAAUGUCGUCGCUGUGCUCCUCUGAGCUCUCUGAUUGGUCUGUUGCUCAUCCCCGUGUGUGUGUGUGUGUGUGUGUGUGUGUGUGUGUGUGUGUGUGUGUGUGUCGUUCCAUUUCUGUCCACACAGAGAACUCUGAUGUUUAAGGAACCAACGAGCUUCUGUUCAGCUAACCCUGUCAGUUUGUCUCCUGUAGUCCUUCAUGGUUUGUUUCCUUCAUUCAUGUCUUUAUGGAACAUUUGCAAAGCUUAUUUUUUAUAGAAUUGGAGACCGACGUUGAUUAUAUUUCAUCUUUGGAGCAGAGGACUCUACAGGGACAUUUAAGAUCUGCGGGGUCGAAGGUCAACAUGAUGCCAGAAUUUUAAACUUUGAUAUGAUUUGAUUAAUACGACGGAGGAUUAGUGCCAAGGUAAAAAAAAUAAUAAUAAUUUUGAGAUUAAAGUCGUAAAUUCACGAGAAUAAAGUCGUAAAUUUACGAGAUUAAAGUCGUAAAUUCAAGAGAAUAAAGUCGUAAAUUUACUAGAUUAAAGUCGUAAAUUUACGAGAUUAAAGUCGUAAAUUCACGAGAAUAAAGUCGUAAAUUUACGAGAUUAAAGUCGUAAAUUCACGAGAAUAAAGUCGUAAAUUUACUAGAUUAAAGUCGUAAAUUUACGAGAUUAAAGUCGUAAAUUCACGAGAAUAAAGUCGUAAAUUUACAAGAAUACAGUCGUAAAUUUACUAGAUUAAAGUUGUAAAUUUACGAGAAUAAAAUCGUAAAUUUACGAGAUUAAAGUCGUAAAUUCACGAGAAUAAAGUCGUAAAUUUACUAGAUUAAAGUCGUAAAUUUACGAGAAUAAAGUCGUAAAUUCACGAGAAUAAAGUUGUAAAUUUACGAGAAUAAAGUCGUAAAUUUACUAGAUUAAAGUCGUAAAUUCACGAGAAUAAAGUCAUAAAUUUACGAGAAUAAAGUUGUAAAUUUACUAGAUUAAAGUCGUAAAUUUACGAGAUUAAAUGUUUCGGUAGAGAAACGUCAUCGACUCAGUUGCUUUGCCCGCCGCUUCCCCGUCGUUCUUUUCACGUUGUGUCUUCCCUCCUGAACGUCUGGAACCAGUGCUUCUCAUCGCUGCGUCCAUGAGAUUUGAUGAUAUUUUAUGCUAGCACACAUGAAGUUAGCAUGCUAAUGAAGCAGCCGUCAUCCCUGCAGGUUGUAGCUGCUCCUCCACAGUCCUCUUUGAGUCUUAGUUCUCCUCAUGCUUUGCACCAGUUGAUCAACAGAAGGCACAUCUGUUCCAGCUGUUUGCAUGUGCAUCUUCAUUUUCCUGCAAAUAGCGAGGAACAGAAGCUUUCAUGAACACGUUAGCAUGUUAGCAUAAACUCCACGGGGCUCCUCAAACGUUCAUCUAAAUCUUUUUUUGCUUUACCGGCCGAUCCCUUCUCUGUGCUUUAAGACCAGUUUAAGGUCGGUGCCUUUGGUCGGGGUUUUCACAGGAGGAUUAGCCAAACAUAAUUAGCCAUUAGCAUGAGUCAUCACUUUAAAUUAUUUUAAUCAUGUGAGUUCUCUAUGACCCCGUUUUCACCGUCUGAUGUCCCGUGUAGAUUUCUGUACAAAAUAUUUUAGCUGAAAAAAGGUUUAAAAAGGGAGAGCAGCACACGCACGCACGCACACACACACACACACACACACACACACACACACACACAUGCAUGCAUGCUGAGGAGGAGGAGAAUGUGAAUGUGCACCAUGGUCUGUGUGUGUGUGUGUGUGUGUGUGUGUGUGUGCUGCAGCUAGUAAUCCUAGGAUUUAUAAUAUAGAUACUCUAUGAAGCCAUAUGACUUUAACUUAUUGUAUACUUUAAAACUAUGAAUGAACUGUGAUAUAAAAUAAAGGUCGUUCGGACGAUGACUUCCUUUGCUGUUUACAAACUCUGUCGUGUGUGUUCGCUGCACGUAGCAUCUUAUUAGCAACGUUAGCUUUGUUGAGCUUUUGAUGUGACUCGAAAAUCGACCCGACUUUUUCACCACCAGCUGAUUCUUUUUCUUUAAGCAUUAAAAUCGUCCUCGGCUGGAGGUUUUUUAUCGACGUUGCUUUUUGCUACAGAUCUGGAAUCUGUGUUCAAAUCCAACAAAAAAAAGGGAAUGUGAAAACUUCUACAAGCUCCACCAGAUUCUUUUAUGUGACUUGUAUUCAUUUACCUUCUCGUCUUCAUGCUCUUCAUACGUUUUCCUUUUGAUAUAUUGUGUUUUCAACAUAUAUGCAUUUUUAAAAUGUUUUCUACUCGUGGUUAAAGAGGUUCACUGAAUCUGUUUCUAUGUAAUCAUUGUUUCUGUAAAAAUGUCCAUCAUCCUGGUUUCAUUGUCUGCUGCGUGUGCAAUAAUAGAAACUCUUAUAACAUGA